UACGUCCCGGCUUUUCAGAAUCGCCAAGGCCAAGUAGAGUCUGUCAAAAAGCUGAGUGAAUUUGUAAAACUCGAAAAAGCAAAUUUGCUGAGCCGUGUCGUGUGAUAUCCUGCUAGAUAGUAUCGUUUAUUUACGAAAAAUAAUGCAUAACUGGAGAAAGAAGAGCGAUUAAUAAAUUCGUGAAAUGUGGGGUAUUUUAUAAACGCUUCUCUUCAGUUGUUUAUAGUUACGUAGUUUACCGGACGUUAAUACCAUUUUUACUGUUAAAUUUAAUCGGAAACUACUCUUUAAAAUGGCUAGUGUUUCUUACCAAAUAGCAAAUCUCUUAGAAAAGAUGCAAUCUUCCGAUAAAGACUUUCGCUUUAUGGCUACUAAUGAUUUAAUGACAGAGUUGCAGAAAGAUAGCAUUAAGUUAGAUGACGAUUCAGAGCGGAAGGUAGUGCGAAUGUUACUGCGCUUAUUAGAAGAUAAAAAUGGAGAAGUUCAAAAUUUGGCUGUGAAAUGCUUAGGUCCAUUGGUUAAUAAGGUAAAGGAGUUUCAAGUUGAAACUAUCGUCGAGGCUCUGUGUACAAAUAUGAUAUCGGAUAAAGAACAGUUGCGUGACAUCUCGAGUAUUGGGUUGAAAACUGUUAUUUCAGAGUUACCUCAAGCGCCUGGAGGUUUAUCGGGUAAUAUUUGCAAAAGGAUCACUGGUCAUUUAACUACAGCUAUUGAAAGGGAAGACGUCUCGGUGCAAUUAGAAGCUUUGGACAUUGUGGCCGAUCUAUUAGCGAGAUUUGGAAAUGUGUUAUCUUCAUUUCACAUAUCUAUAUUAAAUGCACUUCUUCCUCAACUGUAUUCUUUGCGGCAAGCGGUCCGAAAACGAACGAUAGUAGCUUGUAGUAAUCUGGUCUUAUCAUGCAAUAACACUCUGUAUACUAAAUUAGUUGAUCAUUUAUACGAUGGACUGGCGGUUAAUUUUAGUAGUCCCAAAAGCCGUACCUGUAUUCAAUGUUUGGCAGCAGUCUGUCGGCAGUCAGGUCACAGAUUUGGGGAGCACAUAGAAAGGUUUGUCCCCAUAAUACUACAGUACAGUUACGAAGAGGACGACGAAACACGAGAGUUCUGCCUCCAAGCUUUCGAAGCUUUCGUGCAACGUUGCCCGAAAGAAAUAACACCUCAUAUUCCAGCGAUAAUAAAAUUAUGCCUUAAGUACAUGACAUACGAUCCCAACUACAAUUAUGAUGAAGACGAUGAAUUUCAAGACAGUAAAGACGAUGAUAUGGCUGAUGAUGAUGACGACGAUGAGGAGAAUGAUGAGUAUAGUGACGACGAUGAUAUGAGUUGGAAGGUUAGAAGAUCUGCUGCGAAAUGUUUAGAGUCUGUUAUAACAAGUCGGCACGAAUUAUUACCAGAGUUCUACAGAUCGCUUUCGGCUGCUUUAAUUACACGUUUUAAAGAACGCGAGGAGAACGUUAAGUCUGAUAUAUUUCACGCCUACAUCGCUCUUUUGAAGCAAACCAAACGCUCCAUCACUGUCAAUAUGGCACCCGAUUCUAAUGAGCAAGAAGAAUCUCCCAUAUUCCUUCUACAGCAACAAGUUCCUCUUAUUGUGAAAGGAGUUCAUGGACAAAUGAAAGAAAAAAGCAUUAAAACCCGACAAGAUUGUUUCCAGUUGCUUAAAGAACUGUGUGGUGUAUUACCCGGUGCGUUAACGAACCACAUAGGUGACCUUAUACCCGGUAUUCAAUAUUCGCUUAGUGAGAAGUAUUCAAGCAGCAAUAUGAAAAUUGAUGCUCUAUCUUUCAUUUAUUGUCUUUUGACGUCGCAUCCACCAGAAGUGUUUCAUCCGUACAUGUCUGUUUUACUCUUGCCCGUUGUGCACUCGGUUAGCGACAGUUUUUAUAAAAUAACGGCAGAAGCACUACUUGUUCUGCAAGAAUUAGUUAAAGUCAUGCGCCCUUUAAAUUGUCAUCCGACAUUCGACUAUACCCCUUAUACUAAAAAUAUAUACAAAUGUACCUUGGCCCGACUUAAAGCAUCAGAUAUUGAUCAGGAAGUAAAAGAACGUGCCAUUUCCACGAUGGGUCAAAUUAUUUGCAAUUUAGGAGAUGGGUUAACAGACGAACUUCCUGUGUGUCUACCUAUAUUUUUGGAUCGCAUUAAAAAUGAAAUAACUCGUCUAACGACUGUCAAAGCUUUAACUAAAAUCGCGGCAUCGCCGUUGUGUGUGGAGUUGCCUAUAAUUGAUGAAGUAGUACCAGUUUUAGCAACAUUCUUACGGAAAAAUCAGCGAGCAUUAAAAUUAAGUACUUUGUUGUUGCUCGACUGCUUCAUAAGAAAUUAUACGCCUUACGUUUACGAUACCUUACUCCAUCAUGUCAUUGUUGAACUGCCACCAUUAUUAGAUGAAUCUGAUUUGCAAAUCGCACAGUGGACAUUACUUCUCCUUAAGUCCAUGGCGGAAUUUCAACCCGAAGCUUUACAGGACAUCUCUACUAAUAUCUUACCCGAAAUAAUGAAUUUAGUCAAGUCUCCUUUAUUACAAGGUGCAGCCCUAAAUUCAAUGCUUCAGUUUUUCCAAAGCCUGGUGGUGUGCGGAUUACCGGGUGCAGGCUACCAUGACCUCCUUCAAAUGCUAUUACAGCCGAUCUCCCAAAUGUCCACGAAUCAGAGCAGCACUCUUCACAAGCAGGCGUAUUAUUCAUUAGCCAAGUGCGUGGCUGCCAUUACAGUAAAGGAGAAGAACCAAGCGUUGCCCGUUGUCAAUCAAUUUAUCAACAAUAUACAAAUUGCGAGGUGUGAUUCGCAGCAUAUUUUUUCACUACUCGUUGUGGGUGAAAUUGGCAGAGAAAUGGAUCUUAGUUCUGUCGGUAACCUAAAGGAAGUUAUCCUGCAUUCGUUUUUGGCGGUAUCUGAGGAAGUGAAAUCGGCGGCAAGUUAUGCUUUGGGUAGCGUCUCGAUUGGCAAUUUGCAACAAUAUUUGCCAUUUAUUUUGCAAGAAAUAGAAAAUCAGCCCAAACGUCAAUAUCUGUUACUUCAUUCUUUGAAAGAAGUUAUCACUUGUCUAUCUGCAUCGCCAUACCAAAUCAUUCAGUUUGUGCCGGCCAUUUGGCAGCAGUUGUUUCUCCACUGCGAAUGCAUAGAGGAAGGAACACGAAAUGUUGUGGCCGAAUGUCUGGGAAAGCUUACACUUAUCGAUCCGGGGAACUUACUACCUCAGCUACAAGAAUACUUAAAUUCCCACUCUCCGUUAAUGCGGACAACUGUGGUUACAGCUGUCAAAUUUACUAUAUCGGACCAACCACAAGCUAUCGACCCAUUAUUACGACAGUGUAUCGGUCAGUUUCUCAACACUAUACAAGAUCCAGAUCUUAAUGUUCGACGAGUCGCUUUGGUUGCGUUCAACUCGGCGGCCCACAACAAACCAUCUCUUAUUAGAGAUUUACUCGAUACCAUUUUACCUCAUCUUUACAGGGAGACUAAAGUCAAGAAAGAACUGAUUCGAGAAGUGGAAAUGGGUCCAUUCAAGCAUACUGUUGAUGAUGGCCUCGAUAUUCGUAAAGCUGCAUUCGAAUGCAUGUACACCUUACUGGAUUCAUGUCUAGAUCGAAUCGAUAUUUUCGAAUUUCUCAAUCAUGUGGAGGGAGGUUUGAAAGAUCAUUAUGACAUCAAGAUGUUAACGUACUUAAUGGCUGCUCGUCUCGCACAAAUUUGUCCGGGAGCUGUUUUACAAAGAUUAGACAGACUAGUAGAUCCUCUACGUGUUACGUGCACAAUGAAGGUUAAAGCGAAUUCCGUUAAGCAAGAGUAUGAAAAACAAGACGAACUAAAGAGGUCUGCUAUGCGAGCGAUCAAUGCAUUAUUAAUGAUUCCUGAUGCUGAUAAAAACCCUCAUCUUAAUGAGUUUGUUACUCAAAUCAAAAGUACUCCAGAUUUGCUGCCUAUUUUUGAAUCAAUUCAAAAGGAUACAGCUAACAUACACAAUGAUUAUUUUUUAAUGGAUCAAAGCUAAUUUAUGUCUUGACUCUUAAUUUUUAUUCCUUUCAUUUUGUUAUGAGUAGUCAUUGUUUACAAUGUACUAAAACUGUUUUUAAAAGGAAUAUGUUUCUUGUACCUAUGUACGUUAUCCGUUCUUUUGAGAGUUGUAUAUUUAUUUCAUGAUGGUUACUGUAUCCAUUAUUUAUAUAAAUAAAAAAUCAAUGUUCAA